UUAAUAGUACUAGUUGCUUAGAACAAAAAAAAAAUCUGAACUAUCCAAAUUGCUUCACUGUUUGUUCUAGCGAUUCUGCUUACCAAAUUUUCUUAUUAAGAGUUUCUGUUCUGUUCAUUAAUCAAAGAAAAACCCUAACCUUUGAGACUUUUCUUUCCCAUUUUGAAAGGUCUCUAAUUCGUCUGAUUUCAGAGAAGGGCGAUACAGAUUCUUCCGGAGACGGCAUUGGAAAUCAUCUUCCGAUCAAUGUCACAGCUCCUCGUCGACGAUCAUCAUCACCAAUGAGCUCAAUAUCCUCACCGUUGAUCCUAACACCUGGACCCACCGCUCUCUUCUCCUCCUCACGGGAGCUCAAGUGUCUCCAACCGUUGAAGCAGGGGAAGAGGAACAUCGUUUGCUGCGUUUCGCCUUCGCCGACGAGGAAGACGGUGGUUGAUGAGGAUGAAGUGGCGGUUAGACGGGGUUUAGCAAUGCAGCGGGUUUUGGAGGAUAACGGUGGCGAUAGAAGCUCCGUUAGAGAUUUCUCCUUGUUCACCACCAAGAGAGGUGACACGUUGUUUACUCAGUCGUGGACACGUGUCGGCUCCAUUAACAACAGGGGGCUUGUUGUUCUGCUACAUGGUCUGAACGAACACAGUGGCAGGUAUAGUGAUUUUGCAAAGCAGCUAAAUAUCAGUGGAUUCAAGGUCUAUGGAUUAGAUUGGAUCGGUCAUGGUGGAAGCGAUGGACUUCAUGCUUAUGUUCCUUCUCUUGAUUAUGCUGUCACUGAUUUGAGCUCGUUUCUUGAGAAGGUGAUUGCAGAAAACCCCGGACUGCCCUGUUUCUGCGUAGGUCACUCAACAGGAGGAGCCAUCAUUUUAAAGGCAAUGCUAGACCCAAAGAUCGAAGCUCGAGUUUCAGGGAUUGUGCUAACUUCACCCGCAGUUGGAGUCCAACCAUCUCAUCCCAUCUUUGGUGUAAUUGCACCAUUCCUCGCGUUCCUCAUCCCAAGGUACCAGUUGAGUGCUGCAAAAAAGAAAAUAAAGCCUGUUUCUCGUGACCCGGAAGCUCUAUUGGCUAAAUACUCCGACCCGUUAGUCUACACCGGGUUUAUCAGAGCAAGAACCGGUUACGAGAUCCUCAGACUUGGUUCUCAUUUGUUAGAGAACCUGAAUAGAAUCAAGGUCCCGUUUCUUGUGCUUCACGGCACGGCUGACACGGUUACUGAUCCUAAAGCUACUCAGAGACUGUAUGAUGAAGCUUCCUCGUCCGACAAGUCGAUAAAGCUGUUUGAUGGAUUGUUGCAUGAUCUGCUCUUUGAACCGGAACGAGGAAUUAUCGCUGGAGUCAUAAUGGAUUGGCUAAACCGGCGGGUUUAAAUUUCCCAAACCAAAUGUAUUAUCACGUAUUAUAUACGAUUGUGUAACUAUUUUAACACCGUGUUUAGAAUUUAAUUCUCAAGAAAAUACGAAUAAUUAAAGAUUAAUGGGUAGUUAACAUUAGGUCUGGGAUUUUCAGCUUUUGGGUAUCGGACUAGAGAAUCAAUUUACUAUUUGAG